CAAACAUAACUACCGUGUCUCCCAAGGUACACACAGUACAUCUUCCCUCAAACCAGUGAAUUGCCAUCUCUGCGGACCUUUCAAGCCUCCAGCACUCAUAACCGCUCCUCCACCUACGUCACUCACUGAUAUACUCGUCGUCCUCCGUAAGUUCCACCCAAUCUCCCCACCCUUCCGUCCAUCGCAUCAACCCCCACCCAAAUCACGAAUCCCCCACAACCGCCUACACAUUCAACGCCUCCUACGCAAUCCAUCCUCUCCAGACACACAGCUCCACGCAAACAACAACAAUUAACCAACCUCCAAUAAUGCAGCAGUCGUCGUACUCAAUUCCAGCGCGCCUGGAGCGCCUACAGAGGGAAUGGGAAGCCAAGCUUGGCAUUCCCCCGACUCGCGCGUGAGCCGCGAACAUGCACAAGGGCCUGGACCUGGACCCGAACCUGCGGGCGCGGAAGCGGAAGCACAAGCGGAAGCGGAGAGAGGCACAGAUGCAGAUGCAGAUGCGGUUCUAGGCCCGGGAUCGGAUGCGCGUGGUCAGAAUGCUUCGACUGGUGGUCGUGGUAGAGGGAUGGUGAUGUCGACAUCGGGAUCGACGCUUUCACCACAGAUUCCCUCUCCGACGAUCGUGACGAAGAAGAAGAACAAAAGGAAGAAGGAGAAUUGUGAGAGCGAGGGAGAUGAUAAGGCUAUCCAACGAGAACAUCCGCUCAUAUCGCAUAUCGAAGACCUACCCACCACGACUACCAACUCCUCCAGCUGCCCUCCGAAACAAUCCCAGGACACACCCAUCCUCAAUUCAGCACGACAAUCCUCUCCCACCCAAGCCUCCACCAUGCAGCCCUCCGCAAGUAGCAGCACCAGUACCAGCAGCACCAGUACCGCAAGCACCACUCCCCGCAACGGUAGCAACCGCAAACGCAACGGUGCCUCCACUCGUCUACCAGCAGAGACACAGCACGAUUCCGCCGACGAAACUGCGCCGAUAAUGCAGCACAGGAAGGACGGUGGGUGGGACUACCAGGCCAUUUCCCCGGCAAUAGCGGUGCGUGAGGGGGGAACACAAGGCCAGGCCCAGCGCGAGGAAGGAGAGGGAAGGAGGAGAGGAAGUACUCGGGAUGAGGAAUAUGAAGAAUAUGACGAUUCAGACGAGGAACAGGAGGAGCGGCGGCGGAGUCGUCCGCUAGACUCCACACAGCAAUCUCGCAGGGAGGCAGAUGCGACGGACGCCUAUGGGGCGGAACGCGCGGCCGUCGCUGCGGAGAGACGAGAGAAGAGGAAAUGGCGGGCGUGGCUGGAGAAGUACGGGAGUAUAGAGCUGGAGAAUAAGGGGAGUGUUGCUAGGGAUCAUUUGGCACUGGAACGCACUUUCCUAGCCUGGCUCCGCACCUCUCUCUCCUUCGCCUCCAUCGGCAUCGCCAUCACCCAACUCUUCCGCCUCAACACCACCAUCGCCUCGCAAAACCCUCCCUCCUCUUCCCCCUCCUCCCCACCAGACCUCCUCCUCACCUCCCCCCAAACCCGCCUCCGCCACGUCGGCAAACCCCUCGGCGCCACCUUCCUCGCCGUCGCCGUCCUCAUCCUCUUCAUCGGCUUCCAUCGCUACUUCGAGGCCCAGCAUUAUGUCAUCCGGGGAAAGUUCCCGGCCUCCAGGGGGAGCGUGUUGGUUGUGGCGGGCGUGGCGGCGGGACUGAUUGUGGCGAGUUUGGUGGUGAUUUUGAGUGUGGCGCCGGGGGUUUUUGAGCGGUGAAGUAGAUGGGAGAGGGAAAUUAAGGAGGGAUGGGGGAUUGUUCGUCACUGCUAGGAGAUUUGCAUGCUUGUGUUGUUGUAGAGUCCUUCUAUAUAUACUCCGGAGACCGCAGCGUCGGAGUUGGGGGAACGAGUAUGAUGGCGUUGUUGAAUCGCAUAUCGAUAUUUUCUGAG